GCUGUUGCAGGUUUGGCUGCAGAUGGGAGGCAAAUUGUUGCCCGGGCUAAGUCUGAAGCAACCAACUUCGAAAGUGCAUAUGGUGAGCCAAUUCCGGUGAAAGAACUUGCGGAACGCGUUGCUAGUUAUGUGCAUUUAUGCACACUGUAUUGGUGGCUCAGGCCUUUCGGAUGUGGGGUGAUUCUUGGAGGUUAUGAUAGAGAUGGACCUCAACUAUACCUGGUUGAGCCUUCUGGUGUCUCAUACAGGUACUUUGGUGCUGCUAUUGGAAAGGGCAGACAAGCUGCUAAAACAGAAAUUGAAAAAUUGAAGUUAUCGGAGAUGACCUGUCGACAAGGGGUGAUUGAGGUGGCCAAAAUAAUUUAUGGAGUACAUGAUGAGGCAAAGGACAAGGCAUUUGAACUUGAAAUGAGUUGGAUAUGUGACGAGUCCAACCGCCAACAUCAGAAGGUUCCUGAUGAUAUUUUAGAGGAAGCGAAGACUGCAGCUAAAGCUGCCCUUGAAGAGAUGGAUGCAGAUUAGUGAUCUAAAUAGACUUGGUGCUUUCUUUCUUGCAUACAUUUCUCUUCUCCUUAUUGAAUGGUCCCUCUGUGCCGUGUUAACUUGAUUUGGCACCUGUGCGUUGAUUACUGUUGGUGAUGAAAGCGAUUUACAAUUUAUUGUAACUUUGUACUGGAAGCUUUACAACUGAAGUUCAAAAAAAUCGAGAGUAUUAGUUUGCAUUAUAAAACUAUGAAUUCUGAUCUUUGAUAGGUUUUAUUGUUGUAACCGGUCUUUAGUUUAUAAAAUAGGUUUAAAUGCUCCUGGUUAGAAUAUA